AUGUCCGCCCGGCAGGAGCGGAACCGGUCCUUCCUCGCGGCCGUCGAGCGCCUUGGGUACGCGCCGCUUGGGAGCUUCGCUGGCGCGGGACCGCUGGAGCCCAAGGACGUGGACUCGCUCAUGCGCGGCUCACUCGAGCCUGUGUGGCACUGGGUAGCGCUCAACGUGCACGCGCCCGCGACCAUUGAGCUGUACCGGCGCAACGUCCGCAUCGCCCGCCACGAAGCCACGAAUGCUACGGCCGAGCGCCAGCGAAAGCGUGACGCGUGCGCUGCCUUGAAGGAGAAGAAAGCAUUCUUGGAGCGUACGCUGGCCAACGUGCGCUCCGAGAACCAGAAGGAUCUCGCCGCUCUCUCGACCGUGGAGCACGACGCACAUGUGUUUGCAGAGACGAUACGCCAGCGCCAGCGCAGCCAAGUGCUCCUCCACGGACAAGCCAACGUGUUGCAGUGCAACCAAGGCGCGCACGUGGCGACCGUGGCCAACAUGAAGCAGCGACUCUUACCGCGACCGUCGCAUAUGCACAAGACGACGCAAGAGGUGGUCGAUGCCGCCUUGGAUACGCUGCAGCACGACUGUGCCACGCAGCGCGACCAGAUCGACCCGCCCGUGACCAACCUCGUCGAGAAUGUGUUUCAGGUCUGCAGUGGUCUGGACAUUGUCCACGCGCUCCAGCAGCAACCGCCAGCAUCUCUGCCCACGGCGUUCGGUGCCCAGCGACCAAUGCCCACCCAGAAAGUUGAUACGCUCACGUCUGUCCGCGCCCUUCUCCAGGAGCGACAGCAACACCACAUUGCUCAGUUUGUACAAACCAUGAAGCUACGCCAAGCAACGGAGAAGCAAUACCCGCCGUCCGCACUACCUCCUUUCCCAGCCAACCUCUCGCCCUCGCUGCGCGCGUAUCUGGAAGCGGACGAGGCCCACGUUGUCGCCACAGCCGUCUACGCGCUCCUGGUGCAGUACGAGCAAGAGGUCGAGGCUGCGAUCGCCGCGAAGCAGUCGCACAACGCGCACAUCCAGACCCAAGUGCACGAGAUCCAGGCGUUUACGAACCGCUUUGAGGCCACGACGAGAGAGAUCUCGAUCGCGUUUCAGCGCAACCGAGCACUCGUGCUGCACAUUUUGGACCAGCACAACCAGCUCUUGCAAGCGGUGCACGCCACCAUUCUAUCGCCGUACCUUGGCCACUUGGCGCCGCUCGAGCAGCAGCUACAGGCGCUCGGCCACGAAGAGCGCACGGCGGCGGUCUUUGCGUCGCGUCCAACGCCCUUUGUGGCCAGAAUCGGCGACCCUCACGACGCGCUGUGUCGCCUCGCACAGAGUCUCGACGUGCCCGACUACGGCAAUGUCCACCAGCUCCUCCGCGCCCUCGACGGCGAGACCCAGCUACGCCUCUACACCCACCUCCAGCACAGUCUGACGGCGCUCGAGGCCCAGAAGGCAGCUGCGACAGCCAUGGCUGCGGAGCACCAAGCUCUCCUCGCCCAAGUCGCCACGCUCCACGCGUGCGAUGAAGCGCAGUGGGCGCCCCGUGUACUGCAGCUCCAGGCGCAGGCCGAUGCGAUCCUCACAACACACCUUCCGGCGCUUCUUGCUGCGAUCAACGACUGGUUCCAUCAGCCAGCGCAGCAGUUGAUUGCCGCCUAA